AUCCAGGAUCCAGGGUGCCAACCUCCUGUCCCUGAUUCUGUGGCAGAUUAAAUGAGGCGACUUCCCUGUUCUUAGAAGACGGCAGCCGGCGCUGAAUAACACGGAAGAUUACAAAUGUUUGCAGUGAGAGGGAUAUGAAAGAGUUUUUGAAAGCAAAUUAUUUUGUGUCCGUCUGGUGCUUGUAUCCAGUCACAAUCCAACUGACGCUCAGGCAGAAAAUGACCUGCACAUUAAUCGACCGAAGCUUUAAAUAAUGUGAUAUAAACACCAUAUAGAUCAGUGGAGGACACAAUUCAGAGGCACAGCUCAUAAUCUCCUUAAAAGAUUGCCAAAAUAACUAGAUUACUUGAAGGAUCUGCAUCUCAUACUUGUCAAAGUCACAGGAAUGGGGAGAGGAAGGUUACCUGAUAGACACUUCCCAGAGCUCAGAUCCUCUUUUUACUGUGAAGAUAAACCCUAAAAAUAUACCUCACUUAAUCUUCUUAAAGGGCGUGUGGUAAGAGUUAGUCUCUUGAUGGACAACACACACGAUGAGUCAGUCGCAAAGUCUUAGAGAGCAACUCAAUGCCCGACAUUGAGCACAAGGCUUUCACAUCUUCGGGUUUGCUUUAUGGUCUCUCACUUGGGGUCCGUCUGCAGCCUGAACUGUUUGGCUGAAAGUGUGGACAGCAUGAGCAUGUCGGGCCUCCUCAACAGCAGCCUGGGCAGGAUCUGCGGCUCCAGCCACAACGAAAUGGUGGUUCUGGACCGGGUCAAGAGGAAGAACUCUGUCAGGCGCAUGUCAAUCAUCGAGGACGGGGAAAUCGCCGAGGUCCUCUACCUCAUUCCCAAGCAGUCCAUGAUGGAGCAGCUGCCUUUCAUCAACCCCAAUGACUACAUCCUGUGUGAGAAGCUGGCUGGUAUACCUGCGGAGGUGUCAGUGCUGCAUGCUCCGGAUGGCCGCCAGCCGAGUUCUCCCGCAGGGAAGCGGCACAUCCAGUGCUUCAGGUGUGGGGAGCAAUGCAGAGGAGAGGUGCUGCGAGUCCAGAGCGGUCACUUACACAUAAAGUGCUUCACCUGCAAGGUGUGUGGCUGUGACUUGGCUCAGAGUGGCUUCUUCAUGAAGAAUGGCGACUACCUCUGCCCGCUGGACUUCCAGAGGCUUCACGGCACGCUCUGCAAAAACUGUGGGGAAUUUGUGGAGGGAGAGGUGGUCACAGUCUUGGGGAAGACCUAUCACCCAGCCUGCUUUGUGUGCACCAUUUGCAAGAAGCCCUUUCCCACCGGGGAUUGCGUCACCUUCAGCGGAAAAGACUGCCUCUGUCAACGCUGCAUACGACCUGUGUCUCCUUCUCCGAAAGACGUCAAGUACUCCAGCAGCUGCACUGGCUGUGGUAGAGACAUCAAGAAUGGCCAGGCUCUGUUAGCCCUUGGUGGCCAGUGGCACCUGGGCUGCUUCAAGUGCAAAGCCUGCAGGAAAGUGCUGAGCGGAGAAUACAUCAGCAAAGAUGGUGUUCCCUACUGUGAGAGAGACUAUCAAAGACAGUUUGGAAUACAGUGUGAAGCAUGUCAGAAGUUUAUAACAGGAAAAGUCCUGGAGGCGGGGGACAAGCAUUAUCACCCGAGUUGUGCGCGAUGCAGCCGAUGUGACAAAAUGUUCAGAGAAGGAGAAGAAAUGUACCUGCAAGGGUCGACAGUCUGGCACCCGGACUGCAGAGACAACAGCAGAACUGAAGACAGCUACAGGCACACUAGAUCCUCAUCCGAGAGCUCCUGCUCCAGGCCGGGCUCGUGCACUCCAGGGAGUCCUGGUCGAACUAUCUGCGCAAAAGUAGAUAAUGAGAUCAUUGAUUACCGAGACUUAGCGGCAAUUCCCAGAGUCAAGGCUAUAUAUGAUAUAGAGUAUCCUGAUAUGAUAUCCUAUAAGUCUGUGAACGACAACCCAUCUGCUUUGGACAACAAAGGCAACAGACAGGACAGGCAAAACCCUGCAGAGUCCACAGAAAAUGUAUCUGAAACCACAGAGGAGAGUUUGGAAUUGAGAAAGUGCAUACCAAGAUCCACAAGCCACGGAUCUUUUGGGGUUCAUGCCAUGUACAAACGUCACAGCUACACCCCGACUCUGUCCAGGUCACCACAGCACUUCCACAGGCCAGCAGCGUCGAUGCUUUCUUCCCCUUUAUUCUCUGGCUACAAUGACACCUGCUCCACUUCCCCUUCAUGUCACCACUCUCUCACUCCUACCAAAGAUGAAGGCUUCCACAUGUACAGGAGGCCUCCAAUUUACAAACAACAAGAUCCGAAUUCAUCCAAAUCCCAAACGUCCUCUUUGCCUGGAUACACUCGCAAUGGCCUCCAUCCGCCCCAAUCAGCUGAUUUCUCCCACUACAGCAGCGACAGAUUCAGAGACUUUAAGCUCAUCCCUGACGGUCAGCAUCCAUUUGCAAGAAUGGACAGAGGAGUGUCGAUGCCUAAUUUGUUGGAACCAAAAGUCUACCCAUAUGAAAUGCUCACAGUUGCUAAUAGAGGACGAGUGAGGCUUCCGAGGGAUAUUGACAGAACAAGACUUGAGUGCCAUCUUUCCCCAGAUUCAUUCUAUAAGAUCUUUGGCAUGGAGAUUAAAGAAUUCAACAGACUCCCACAUUGGAAACGUAACGACAUGAAGAAAAAGGCAAAUCUCUUCUGAUUGUUGCUGAACUCGUGUUUUAACUUAUUAUUAAUAGGCAGUAUAUGUCAAGUUCUAAUGAACAUGCAUGCUUCGAAACCGUUUGCCCGAGAACAGCACAAAUCACAGCUUAGCAGGAGCAAUAUUGGUUAAAGGUGUAUAACCUCAAAGCAGAUAUGAACUCGAGAACUCAACCUAUAGCUAUAGGUUUCAUUGAUAUAUAUAGACAUCAUUUGUUUUUCCUAUGUCAGCCUUGUGUUUCCAGGAAUUACGUUCAUAUUGGACGAUUCAACUGAAUAUAAUAUACGCCCAUUCUUCAUUAAUGGAGGAUGUAGUGUGGUGUUUAGGUAGCUAUAGGCAAAAUGGACAGAGAAAUCGCAGAAAACUAUGUUUUUGUGAUCUUAGUUGCCCAAUUAAAAGAUGUGCUGUUUGUAUGUUUUCACCAUACUGAUGAGGGCGCCAGAUCACUAAAAUGUUGCUAAGGAAUAGUUGAGCAACGGCUUGGAUUGAGUUCAGUGACAAAUUUUUUGAGGAAAACGAAUGUUUUAAUUAUUCCAAAAAUAUCAACAAAAAGCACUUACAAGAUGAUGGGUGCGGUAUGGUCAAGGCUAUGGCCCCCAAAAAUCGACAUCACUAACUGAAACAACACUUUCAUUGGUGGACUUUCCUUCUUUCUUUCAGAAAAAUUGAGAAUUUCUGACUUGAGAGAGUUGAGAUUUGUCCAAUCUAAAGACUUAGUGUCACCCCUUUAUGAAUAAAGCUUCCCAUUAUACUUGAUAAUAUUAUAUUAUGUAGUGUUGUGACUGGGUACAUAAAAUAACCUGCCCUCAACAAGUAUUUCACCCAUGUUCUUACUGUUAUUGGUAUGAAAUAUUAUAUCAUUGUGUUACUCUGUUAAUACUUAUUAUGUUUCUCCAUGUUCCUCCAAGUUUUCAACAUGGUUAAACACAAAAUACGAUAAUAUUUCUGUGUCAAUAGAUUAUUGAAAUUUCGUUGGUUUGACUUUUACAAUAAAUAAUUGAUGAUUCAA